AUGAAAGUUGCAGCUUUAAUAAGUGGAGGAAAAGACAGCUGCUAUAAUAUGAUGUAUUGUAUCGCAAAUGGUCAUGAAAUUAUAGCAUUAGCAAAUUUGCAGCCAUUAAAACAACAGGAAAUCGAUAGUUAUAUGUACCAAACAGUUGGCCAAGAGGUAGUUCACCUUUAUGGGCAAGCUAUGAAUAUUCCGUUUUAUUAUGAAUUUAUUACAGGAUCAUCAAUUGACAAAAGUUUGAACUAUUGCAGAACUCUUAAUGAUGAAACAGAGGAUCUUCAUCGUUUACUUAAAAGAAUUCAGAAUUUACAUCCCGACUUAGAAGCCGUUUCUGUUGGAGCUAUUUUAUCAAAUUAUCAGCGAACAAGGGUUGAAAAUGUAUGCAAAAGACUUAAUUUAGUAUGUUUAGCAUAUCUUUGGAAAAGAAAUCAAAAAGAUUUACUCGAAGAAAUGAUAUCCCAAAACUUACAUGCUAUUAUAAUAAAAUCUCAUUUGGGAAAAUCUCUUGUAGAGAUUAAAGAUUAUUUGUUAGAGAUGAAUAAACGCUAUAACUUAAACAUAUGCGGAGAAGGUGGAGAAUACGAAAGUCUAGUUUUAGAUUGUCCUAUUUUUCAAAAAAAGAUAAAAAUUCUUAAGUCUCAAAUAGUUAAUCAUUCAUCAGAUGAUGUUGCCUAUUUUAAUUUUGUUGCAAAAUUAGAAGAAAAAUCAUUUAUUAAUACAAAAUGGAAAGAAAAAUUUAUUUUACCUCAAGAAUUAAAUGAAAAAUAUAAGCAACUUAAGAAAAUUAUUGAUGAUGAUUACAAAAAUAGAGAAUAUAAACAAAAUUAUAUAAUACCAAUUAUUUCUAUAAAAAAGAAUAUUAAUAAUAAGCUAUUUAUGACUUUUUCAAACUUAAAAAAUUUAGUAGCUAUUGGAGAAAUUAGCGCAUAUUUAAAUUCAAUAGAUUCGAAGACUUAUACAUUAGAAGAAGAAUUCCAUUGCUGUAUGAAUAAAUUAAAAGACAAUUUAAGAAAAUAUAGUCUUGAGCUUUCUAAUAUUAUAUUUGUUGAGCUUAUUUUUAAAAAAAAAGAACAUAUUUCUCAUAUAGAUGCUUUAUAUAACCAAUAUUUUAAUUUUCCAAAACCUCCUUCGAGAAUAUAUAUUAAUUGUAAUAAUUUAAAAUUCAAUCGUUUACAAAUAUCUAUUUUAGCGGAUUCUUCAGAUAAAAAAAGAUCUGUUGUUUAUGUUCAUAGUCGAAAUUAUUGGAUUCCAGCAAAUAUAGGAUUUUAUUCUCAUGCUCUUAUAUUUGAAAAUAUGAUUUUUACUUCUGGUCAAACUGGCCUUAUACCAUCUACUAUGUGUUUACCAUAUCCUAAAUCGUUUUCAUCUGAAGUUGUUAUUAGUUUGCAAAAUUUAGAAAGAAUAUUUGAAAAUAUUAAGAUUUUUAGCAUAUUAUGUAUAGCAUUUAUUUCAAAUGAAUAUUAUGUUUUACUUACUAACGAAAUAUGGAAACAUUCUUUUUUAUAUAAUAACGAUUGUUUAAUAAUUCUUGUCAAUAGUUUAUCUUCCGAGGCAUUAAUAGAAUGGAAUAUAAUAGGAAAGAAGGAAUGUGAAAAUUCUUAUGAUGGAAUCAUUAAAAGUAAUUUAUGGUCAAUUUCGUUUUUUACUUAUAAAAUUUCUGAAGAUUCUGAGUUAUCAUUGGAAGCUAUUCUAGGAACUUUGUUACACUCUUUUGAGGAAAAAUUUACAAAUGGCAAAAUAUUGUCAUCUACUAUUUAUUAUAAUAGUAAAAGUUUUGAAAAAGUAAAAUCUCCAGAAACUAUUUCUAAAGCAAUUUCAGAUACUAUUCAAUCUCUUCUUGGAUACAGAAUAGAGUCUCAUUGUAUUUCAACAAACGGAAUAUGGAUAAGUGGAGAAACUAUUACUCCAGUUGCAAUAACAAUAAAAAUAAUAUACUUUUUAUUUUAA